AUGAUCGCCUGGAACAACAAGUAUCCUCUCCUCAUGUUAGAUGUUACAUUUGACAAGAUUUACAACUAUGAACUUUGCCAAGUACAUGUCUAUAUAGAGAAACUAUAUGCUGAUCACUUGGACAUUGAUUCCCAAAUACAUGACGAGGACUCGUUAUUCGAUGAUGACAAUAACACUGAAAUUGACGCGCUUUCAUUUAUAAGUCUGGACGAUGACUAUAAAAAUAAUAAUUCAUCGUCCUCAUCUUUAUUUGAACAAGAAUUCUUGGGCGAUGACACCGAUAUCUACAGCCUUCUAAGAGUCGAAUACUACGGAACAUGCUCAACAUGUAAUCGUUUCAAUACAAAUAUCGCAUGGUGUCAAACCUGCGACCCCGAAAUUCUUUUACUACCUGAUUCUAGUAAAAAGACACAGAAGAAAAGUGAAUCAUAUGACGAGCAUUUGGAGUAUAUCCCGUUUGAGGAGUUUGCAGAUGUCAAGUAUGUGGGGAGUGGAAGAUUUAGUAGUGUAUUUUCGGCUGUAUAUUUGGAUGGCGUGAAGGUGACGGUGAAUGAGAAUGGUGUUUGGAAGAGAAAGAGAAGUGGGCCUGUUAAUGUGGCGCUUAAAGUUUUUGAUCAAGCUUCGGUGGAAAUUAAUGAAGAGUUAUUAAGAAAGUUUGAAAUUUACUAUAAACAUUGGAAAUCCGGUGGAUUAUUACGAUGUCUUGGAAUUACAUCUACAACAUCAAUAUCUCCGGAGAACCCAGAAAAAAAUUAUAUUAUUCUUGUAAUCCAACUCGCGAAUGGUGGCAACUUACGAGACUAUCUAAAACAACAACCACCAGAAUACAAUAAACCGUUGAAUUGGCUAGAUAGAUUGAAAAUAUGCAAACAAAUAAGUUGGGAACUGAACUUUCUACAUAGUCAUUCGUAUGUACACGGAAAUCUGCAUGGUGGAAAUAUUUUAUGGGAUAAGACGGCAAAUAAAUUUCAUAUUUCUGAUUUCGCAAUCAGUCAACGAAGACCAUUGUGCACCAAAGAAUCGGAUGUAUACGAUUUGGGAAUGUUGAUUUGGGAAAUAAGAUAUUCGAGUUCCUUUUUUAGCAUUCAAAAGCGUAAUUGUACUAUCGAUGCACCAUCUCAAUCGUCUAAACAAUUAUUACGAAAACGGCCGGCAACUCUCGUUAUUACUAACACGCCAAAAUGUUUCGACGAUCUAUUAGACCGAUGUUGGAACACAAAACCAGAGUUGCGUCCGACCGCUAAAGAAAUAUAUGAGGUGUUGAAAAAGUGGGUUAAUGACUUGGAAGAAAAUCGAGAUACGGUCGAGACAGUAGCGUUUAGAGAAGCGGACGAAGCCGAUUACAUUAAUAAUAAAAAUAAAGACAUCCAAGGUAAUGAUGAUAAUAAUAGCGAAAAUGGCAAUAGUCAAGGAAGCACAAAUGAAAGUUUGUUAAUAUCAAGCGAACAUUCUGGAAAUGGUUCAAUAGAUUUAACGAAUAAUGAUAACGUGAAUAAUGAUGACACCAAAUCAACAAACGACGGGACCUCAAAUCUUAGCACGAACAAUGAUUUGGACGAAAUCCCAGAGGUUUCAAAUAAUCCUAAAAAGUCAUCAUCUUGUCACGGAGAGAUAGACACAAGAUUCGCUGGCGACUCUGAUACUCUGGUCGGUGGUGGUGUUGGCGCUGAUUAUGCAGAAGUUGUUAAUACAGACACUUUAGGGAAGCUAAAACAGAAAGCUAAGAAAAAGAAAAAGCAGCGAGAAAGAAUCCAAAAAAAGAUUGUUUCGACAUUUAAUAAUGUUUUUGGAAAGUCAAGGAAAUCAUCAGCAAAUACGACAACUAUUAUAUAUUCGUGUAAUUAUUGUGACAUAUCGAUAUAG